AUGCCGAACCCAAGAGCCAAUACGCUGCGCGGGAUGUAUCGAAAGAUUGGAGAUGUAGUCGCAUACAUCUUGCGCGGCCAGUACUGCGACUCAAAGCCCUGCUCACCCGUCCAGUAUGGUCAGUUGGUUGAAAAGGAUCUGAAGUGGCUGCAGCCUACGCAACACGAGAUGGCUAAAUUUGAAGACGACAUCAACUGCGUCUCUAGUGCUUUACACACUCGAGUGUCCAUGAUGUCUGCUGGGAAGAUACCGAUUUCGAUGCCGGAAUUCUCCUUCCCAACACAUCUGACACAGGCGGAUGAGCUCCCGCUUGCAGUAUUCGACGCCUUUACUACCGUCACCCAGAGCUACUUGCAUUCGUCAGUCGAGGAGGCAAGGGCUUCUCGAAGAAAUGGGCCCCGUUGGCUUGACUUUGGAAGGCUUUUCAAGGAAAUUAUUCUGGACAUGCUCAUAACACAACCGGCCUGCAAAUACCUAGGGAUCUAUGUCAUUGGAAGAGAAGGGGCCCGUAGAGUAAGGAGGCUUUACCGACCGGACGGCAUCCGCAUCCGCGAUCUCCUACCUGGUAUCCAGGAGAAUCUUUCCCUAGCAGUGGAUGAAUGGAGAUGGAGGCUCACGACUAUGGGGCGAGACUUUGCACAACGUUCGUGGACGGCUUGGGGUGACAGUUUGAAGAAGCAGAGAACUUGGGCUGCGCCAGGAUUUCCAAAACUCUUUAUAUGUCUAGAAUUGGUGCAUCUUGGUGUCUGUAGAUUUCGUGGCACACACUGGUCGGAAAUCGAUAGUUAUUCUAGGGCCUGUGUGGAGGAGUGGUGUCGGGACGUGGCGACAUGA